AUGGCGCCCAAGAAGAAGCGCGGGCUGAGCUUCGGGCGCCGGCAGGGUGCCGCAAGUGAGAGUGCAGAGCCGCAGCUGUCGGAACGCGCGCAGUACCUGCAACGCGAAUACACUUUGCUCUCAGAACAGCUGGAGGCCUGUGAGGUGCGGGUCGACCAGGUGCUACAGGAAAACACCUUUCUGGACCGCGACGCAGGGCGCUUGCGCGAAGAGAACCGAUUUUACGCCAGUUAUGUGAACGCACGUGCUCAGCGCUGCGCCAACGCCGUGCUGCGGCUAGACCAACAGAACCGCGUGGAUCUGGCGCAGAUCCACUGGCAGCGGGCAGGGCUGGCGUCGCUCUACAGAGGGCGCGAGGAUGGGGUGCGCGCGCAGCUGCUGGAGAUGCAGGCGCGUGCAGCGCAGAUGGCGCGGCAGGUGCAGGAGCUGCAGCCUUACAAGGAGCUGCAGCUGGAGCAGCUGGCACGGAUCCGGAUGCUGGAACGCGAGCUGCUGCAUAUGCGCGUGGAGCACACGCAGCUGCUCCACCGCGUGAAGCGGCGCUUUCUGGAGGACAAGGCAGCCUUUGAGCGUGAGGCUCGCCAACGUGUGCAGUCUCUGACGCGGCGCGCGGAGAGGGAGGCGGCGCGCGCGCUCAUCACGCACACGCAGGCCAUCAAAGCCGAUAAUGGGCGCCUGAGGCAGGAGCUGUUACGGCUUCUCAGCAGGGCCCAGCUGCUGCACGACAUGCGGCACCAGCUGCUGCAGCAGCGUGAGCAGCUGCGUCGUGAGCACGAGGAUACGCGGGACCUGGCACGCGUGCACGGCUGGCUGCGCAGGGGCGCCGCCGGCCCGCCGCUCUGGCAGCCGCCCAUCUCAUCCCAAACCACCCCGCGCCCGGAAUCAAACGCCGUCACCCCCUCUGUAACGUCUCGUGCGCCUUCCCGGGUACCUUCUGUGGUCCCUUCCCUGGCCACUUCGAAGGCGGGGUUAGGGGCCUUUUCCCUGACCCCGUCCCGCCCGGGCUCCCGGGCCCGGUCCCUGACCCCGUCCCGCCCGGGUUCCCGGGUCUCCUCUCUGAUUCCGUCGCGACCCGGUUCCCGGGUCGCAUCUCUGACCCUGUCGUCAGCGAGCUCCAGGACCUUGUCGCUGGCGAGGUCACGUGAGGGGUCUCGGAUCUCUACGCACUCCUUGCCUGCGGCCUCACAGGACACUCUCCCCUCUGCAAAGUUCAACCCCAAGCUUCCCUCGAGUCCCUUUCGGGAUCCCGCUCCUCUCACCCCACAGUCGGACGUGAACGCCGACGCUGCUGCAGAAGGCGCUGGAGUCCCUCUACAGACCGCGGACCUCCGCCAAGAACCCGAAAGGGUAGAGGACGUCAAUGACCAGUAG